UUCCGGAAGGCAGGUCUCCCUCGGCUGGCGCUCCGGGAGCGGGCGGUCUCCAUGGCAACCAGCAGGCCCCGACCCAGUUGCCUGGUUUCCCGCUGCUGUCUCGCUGGCCGCGCCCGCACAAAGACCGCGCGGUGACCGCGUAGUGCCACGACCCCGCCACUCCAGCCCCGCAGGAACCGCCGCCGCCGCCGCUGGGGAAGCAGUUCCGGCGGCCGCCGUGAAGCGCAGGCAAGGCGCGGCCCCAACCCGCGGGCCAUCUUGGCAGCGGAGGGAGCGGCGGAGCUACAGGUACACACGCCGCCCGGCCCGGGCCAGCCCAGGUGCGGCGCCCUUUGUUCUCCCGCAGGUAGUCCCGUGCCACCGUGGGCAGCGCCUUCACCCGCGGCCCGAGCUCCGGAGGUGCAUCCAGCUAAGUCUGGGCAGCGCAGGUCUGCACAUCCCGUAAGACCUGGGCAGGUCCAGCCUAUGCAUCCUGCAAGGCCUGGGAAGGUUCAGCCCUCUCAUCUCAUAAGGCCUGGGCAGGUCCUACUCGCUCAUGCUGCAAGGCCUGGAUAGGUUCAGCCUGUGCAUCCUGCAAGGGUUGAGCAGGUCCAGCUCGAACAUCCUUCAAGGCCUGGGCAGGUCCAGCCAGCGCCCCACAUCUUGACCCUCCAAAGACUGCAGAAAGGAACUGCGCCCAAGACAGGAUCCUUGUCCCCAGGCUUGCCCUCCUAGAUUCUGUUUGGGCGCACCUGCUUCAGCACCCAAGGCCUUUUGCACUGGUUUUCCAGCUCUCUGUGGCUUAACCUUGGCCAGCAUGGUGCAACCUCAGACCUCCAAAAACGAAAGCCCAGCCUCUGCCCCUGGUGCCAGCGCACAGAUGGAUGACGUGGUUGACACCCUGACCUCCCUGCGCCUCACCAACUCUGCGCUGAGGCGCGAGGCCUCCACGCUGAGGGCCGAGAAGGCCAAUCUUACCAACAUGCUGGAGAGCGUCAUGGCCGAGCUUACUCUGUUGCGCACCCGGGCGCGCAUCCCUGGCGCUCUGCAGAUCACUCCACCUAUCUCUGCCAUCACCUCCAAUGGGACCCGACCCAUGACCACGCCACCCACCUCGCUGCCUGAACCCUUUUCCGGGGACCCCGGCCAGUUGGCGGGGUUCCUGAUGCAGAUGGACAGGUUCAUGAUCUUUCAAGCUUCCCGCUUCCCAGGUGAAGCCGAGAGAGUGGCCUUCCUGGUGUCCCGACUGACUGGGGAGGCCGAGAAGUGGGCCAUUCCCCACAUGCAGCCAGACAGCCCUUUGAGAAACAACUACCAAGGCUUUCUGGCCGAGCUGCGCAGAACCUACAAGUCUCCGCUGAGGCACUCACGGCGUGCACAAAUCCGGAAGACUUCUGCAUCCAAUAGGGCUGUGCGGGAGCGGCAGAUGUUGUGCCGCCAGCUAGCCACAGCUGGCACAGGAGCUUGCCCAGUGCAUCCUGCCUCCAACGGGACCAGUCCGGCACCAGCCAUGCCCACCCGCAGCCGGAACCUUUAGGGAACCUGUGGCCACCCACGUAGCUAGACUGUUGCUGAGAAGGAUUGUCAAUACGGUAGCACUGUCCUGUUUGCAGGCACCUUUCAUGCCCCUCCUGGUCUAUGGGAGGCCUCCUGCCACCCUCAUUGGUCAUCCACCCUGCUGUGUGUUUUGCUAGCUUUACCUACGACUCAGUGCACGUUUCCCCCUCUGUUGCUUGCAAUUCCAGCUUCUCUAGUAAUCACAACACAGCCCCUUGGACAUGUGCCUGCCUAGGAACCAUUUAGGCUGACCACCUCUGUGGGCUCGGCUAGUGGAUAUUCAGCUUCUGUGCCCUCCCUACAAGCACCCUGGCGGUUCCUUUCCUGGUCACUCUGGUCUUGCUGAUGAGUUCUGACUAGAAAGAAACCAGCUUGACUCUGAAGGUGGCUGAUGUUUACCUGAACCGGCAUGCCCACAUCUGGGCCCUUUGCAAGGUAGCCAGGUAGUCAGUCACUCUGCAUUCCAGGGAUCCUUUCCUCUAUGGGGGAGCCUGUGUUCCAGCAUACCCCAUUGCUGUUGCUGGGAACAUCUGGUCCUUCACAGACAUUCCUUCUGCCUCUCCUGUCCACAGGAAACUCAUCCACACCUGUCUGUGACUGCCAGUGUUUUGAUGGCAUCAGGGAAAUCUAGCAUUCGUCUAUCAAGUUAAUCAUGGACCUGGGACCCUGGGCAGUUCCAUCAAGCUGCCAUAGGAAACAUCCAUGCGUCAACCAUAGCAGACCGAGGGGGACCUGGGGACCCCAUUUGCUGCCUGGAUUUCCACUGAGAGGCUCACAGGUGUCUGCUCAUUUCUGCUCAUGUGGCUCCAUGGUGGCCUUGUCUAGCCACAGACCUUUUUCCACCCAGGGGCCAUGUGGCUUUCACCUCAGCCUUUCAGCCGCCCACACCAUCUCUAGGGGUCCAAGGAACCCACCAACAUAUACCCUCUCUGUGCCUGGGCCUAAUGUCUAGCCUUUGUCCAAGAACUAAAGACUGGCUGGGGGCCAGUUCCUCUAGGAAGCGUCGGGCACCUUUGGUAGUGGGCGUUGGCCUCUUGCUACCCCAGUUUGAAGAGCUGAUGAAGAGCAGCCAAUGGCUUUGGUCCUCAUAUGGACACACAUUCCAAUUCUGAGGAACAAAACAUUGACUUCUUCACAGAAGGAUGCCUGGAGAUCAUAUUCAGUCUCAGCCGAGCUCCUGGACAGUGACUUCUGUUACAUUUCAACGCCAGAUUAACUGUUUACAUGCCCACUUGGCCCCUUGGGGGAGAUGGGUGCCUCUCCUGGGUUCUUCUGCCCUCCUCUGCAUGGUCUUAGCUUGACCACAAAAAAACCCACCUCUGCACCUACCCAAAUACAUUUCUCCCCUCUUGGGAGUCCAGAGGCUGGAGCCUAGAACCUGGCUCUUCCAGAGACUUCCUCUGUCAUUGGACAAAGUGACUGAUUCCAAAGCAGGCACCUUGGCUAGGCCAGAGUCUUCAAUGCUCGCUGGGCUCACAGCCCAUGGCCACCUGCUUCUUGUUAACCCUGUUAGCCCAGUAGCCUUGUGUGGUGCUUCAUGAGCAGGUGGACGACUCCCUGGGGGUUCCACUGAGGGUGCUCACCGCUCCCCAAGAGCUGAGUCUCAGGACCUUCCAGUAGAGGGGCCCCCAGGUGAAGCUGCAGCUUCACCUGAGAACCAGGGAGGUGUCUGUGGAGGCAAGAGACACCUGGAAGGUUUCUCUGUGGCCUUCUCGAUCAGGAUUGGAGACCCACUGGGAGGGCAUGUCACCUACCCUGGUUCCUUGGACCACCGGGUGCUGUAUUUGCUCUAUGUCCCACUCCAGGGUCCUUGGCUGGUGCUGGAGACAGAGCCAGGCAGGCCAGCUGUGUCCCUGUGUGGUUUCACCGUCUCCCUUUGCCAUCUGGGCUGACUCAGCUGGGUCGCUCUGCUGCAGUGGGUCCACGCUGCUGCUCUGGUGGCAUUGGCUUGGUGAUGGUGUUUUGUCUUUGUCGUCCCCCCCCCCCACCCGUGCCCUCCGAACCUUGGUGCUUGUGUUUAUGGAAAUGGGGCAGUGCUGCCCUGUAUUUAGAACCAUCUCGAUAGCUCUCUGUGGCUUGGAGCCUGGAGCACAUGAGAGAGGGUUGAAGCUUGCCCUCCACCUUGGACCUGGAAGAGCCAGCCACUUUGGAUCUGUUACUGAGGAGCCCAUCUUGGCUCUAGCGGGUGGGGGGGGGGGGGGGGGGCAUGGUUAGUCCCUAGCCAAAACGAUGCGAUGCAAGGCCCAUGCAGCUCCAGAGGGAGACCUUGAUACCUGGGCAUCAAACUGAGGAAGCGGGGGGAAGGGAGGGGCAGCUUUGUACAUGUCCUAAGGUUGUAGUUUCUUGAGCUCAGAAGCGAACAGGGAGAGGGGACGGAGGAGUUGCUCCUCGAAGGAGUGGCCUUUCUGUCGGCAUUGACUGUUGCGGCAGUACUGUGCCUGCUCCCCAGACUCUGUGACGCCCAUCUGGUAAGCAGGCUUCACUGUGAUCGGUGUAACUGACAGUGGGACCUGGCGUGUGGGUGACUUCCCAGCCUGGUGUGUCAUGGUGACCUUGGGGUUCUCUGCAUAUCCCAAAGCAUUUAGUGACUUUGAGGAGACAGCGAAGACCCAUCUCGUUGGCCCCAGCCGAGUAGGUGACAGGCAGGAACGCUGCAUGACAGUACAUUUGGGUUGGCCUGAGGCAGGUGCCUGUUGUUGCGGAGGGCAGAGCCACUACUGGAUGAGCACGCCCUGAGCAUCCGCCUGCAAGGGAGUGAAGGGAGGCGGGGGAGCUGGCGUGGGCUGAGGGUAACUUAGGGGGCAAGCCUGGGGCCUGGCUAGAGCAUGCUGGGGACAGGGCGUCAGGUGGCAGGGCUCUGCAGUGUAACAUGCAUGAUACCGUUCUGUUGCCCUUUGCCCCAUCCAGUGCCACCAACAGCUGGACCAGAGCGUCCCAUUCUCCAAGGCAGCACGCAUCAGGAAGUUUUAGGGACCAGGGAGAGGAAAGGAAAUGGUCAAAUUCAGUGCUUUGAUGCUUCCAUCCUGGCCCUGGCCCCAUCUUUCUUGGCCUCUUACACACCCAUGGACACCCAUUGUGCUCAUAUGACACAGCUGUUCCCAUGUGCCACCAACCUUAUUCUGAAUGGCUCUGAACUCUCCCCUCAGGCGGAGGGACAGUGCUGUGUACCGGCAGAAAUGGUGUCAGGUUUUCCUCCAGGGGCCAAGUUACUCCCUUGGGGUAGACUCUCAAAGGUGGGAUUGUUGGAUUAACGAAUACGGGGGCCCUCUGAGACUUUUAUUGUCUCCUGACAAAAACGGUUUCCAGAAAUCUCUGUGUUCACUACACUGCCAACAGCAAGGGUAAGUGUCCCAUUCAGGGUCUUCUGCCAGGGCUGAGUAUUUUGCGACUCGAGGACAACAGCGACAUGCCUUAGUUGCAUCUCGAGUCUAGCUCGCUGAGUGUCUUUUUAUACCGAGUUGAUUGCAUUUCCUCUUUUGCAGACUGCCGAUGUCCUUUGCUCCACUGACGGGCCUGACCAGUUUGUAAGAGCUCCGUAUGCAAUUAAAGAUACUAAUCUGUUGUG